AAAAAUUUGAAAUCGGUAUUUCGGCCAACGGGGACGCUUCGAUCUAAAAAAUAUCGUAUAGUCUCUGAUAUAGUUGCUUUAUUGUAUAUAAGUGUAUUAAUGUAAUAAUUUGGUGCAUAUAAAUGUUUAUUAAGGGUGGUUUAAAAUAGUAAUUGUUAGUUAGAUUCAUGAAUGUUUUCGUAGACAGGUCGAGGUUGCCGGUUGCUUGACAACGUCUUGAACGUCACAUCACGUGACAUUUCUGACCCAUGAAAACAAGGCGAAUAAUCUAGAAUAAACUGACGUGGUUAUUUAUUAUAUGCAGAUUGAAGUGAACACGUAUUGUUAGUGUACAAAAGAGUGUUGUCUAUCAGUGAAAAACAGUUGAAAAUCACACGACAAAAUGACGCCUUCAGUUGCAACAUUUCUAAAUUCAUUUAGUAAUAAUCUAGAAGAACCAGUGAGGGUACAUUUGAAGAAUGUAUACGCCUGUCUGGCAAUGUCAACAAUGGCUGCCGCCGUGGGAGCUUCGGUUCAUUUAUUUACCGACAUCCUUCAGGCGGGUUUCCUCACGGGAAUCGGCUCCUUGGUGUUUUUCAUCUUGCUCAUGUCCACCCCAGAUGACCAGGGCAAAAACCUAAAAACCCGGGUAGGAUAUCUGUUGGGUUUCACGGCUCUCAGCGGCGUAGGAAUGGGGCCCCUUUUGGAGCACGUCAUUCUUGUCAAUCCAAGCAUAAUAGUGACCGCCCUGGUUGCCACCUCUUUGGUGUUUAUUUCCUUCUCCAUUUGUGCCAUGCUCUCGCAGAGAGGCUCAUGGUUAUAUCUGGGUGGAACCCUGAUGAGCAUGCUGAUGACUUUAAGUGUCCUCUCAAUUGCCAACAUUUUCUUUGGUUCCACUUUGCUGUUCCAGGCUCAAAUCUACCUGGGACUGUUUGCCAUGUGUGGAUUUGUGCUCUACGACACCCAGAUGAUUAUCGAGAAGAGGAGGAAUGGCAGUAGAGACUUUGUAUCACAUUCUUUGGAUCUGUUUAUUGACUUUAUUGGCAUUUUCAAGAGACUGCUCAUCAUCUUGACACAGAAGGAACAGGAAUCACAGAAGAAGAAGAAAUAAUGAUUUUGAACAAGAAUGAAAUACUUUUGUUAAUUUUUUAUUUUCCUGAUUAAAUUGUCUGAUUUAGUUUGUUUUUAUUAUAAUACUUGAGAAUAUGUAAAAAAGUAUUGUUUAUUUAUUUAAAUAAAGUUAUUUUUUGU